AUGACCCCUCGUUAUGUCAAACCAAACCCUCCCCAACCCAACAAUCUUACAUUCAACUAUGGAGCCAGAAAUGGCAAUCAUAGUAGCAACAAACCUCGGGACGAAAUUUGCCACACUGCAUUUCGCCUCUGUGGACGCUACCAACGCUUCGAACUUAAACCUUCCGAGCACUCUUCGCGCCCUAAGAACACCCUUCAGAAAGAACGUUGUGAGGACUGCAAAGCUUGUAAAAAUUGUUUCGCGGCUAGAUACCAAAUACAUGAAUUCAGGUUUGCACCAGAAAGGGAAGGAUUUCGAGAGUUCCUCAAUAAUGAGCUAAUAGAACUGUGGACAGGAAAGAAUAGGCUGUUCGUGGAUGGAUUUGUCGACAGUGACAAUACGCCCUCUUUUGAUUUAAGGCAGAUUAUGGAUGUCAUUUCGAAAGCUCCGAAGAAAUUCAAGGAUGAAAAAAAAAUAGAGAACGCGAAAAAAAAACAGAUGCGCAAGCAACAGAGAAAGCAGCAAAGACAACGAGAAAGUACACCAGAAGUGGCAUGGGAAUUGCCUUUGCGAAUCCACUCCUCGCAGAUGGCACGCACACAUAGUUAUUCGCCUGACAAUGAGCAAGAUCGUUACCCAUUGAUGGAGCGCUCAUAUUCGCAGCCUUUGGGCUAG